CGUUACAACAUCUCGUUGUAUAUUGGUAAGAAACGUUCUAGAAUUACUGUUGUUUCACCACUUGAUAUGGAGAGCUCUGCUCUUAUAAUUACGAUCUCCAACUCGUGCCAAUUGGAAGGUACUCAGUAGACAAGUGGUUGAGGAGAUUACUUGUAUCGACAACCAGUUCAGUUAUAAUUAGCUUCUUCAGGGCAAGGAGAUCUUUGGUUCAUGUUGGUUAUAUACCAACGUGGGAAAGAUUCUUGGAGUUUCUCGCCAAUUUGCUUAGACUGAGGAAAGUUAAUGCUCAAUUUAAGAGUCUCAAAUAUGCCUUGGUAUGACGAAGAUGAAGUAGAAGGUGAACCCAACGUGGCACAAACUUAUGAAAGACAGGAUCACGGUGUUACUGAGCCUCGAGUUCACUGGCGCGAAAGGGACCCUUACAUUUGCACCUUGGAAAUAAGGCUCCCUCGAGAUGAGGUGCCGAAGUUGAAGUCUCUUUACGGUCCUUUACUCCAAUGGAUUGAUCCCACAUUUCAGCUGCUUCACAUCGAAGAAAGCGAUAAAAAUUCGUUUAUCACGCGGUUUGUACAAGAUGACCCAAAAGGGAGAGGUAACGAGAGUCAUUUGGCUAAGGAACAAUUAAACACGCAAUCACUAAGCGUUGUGCUGUUUUUGCGCGAGGAGUCAAAGUAUCAGCUGAACGCAGGAUUUGCAAAAGGCUACCUGCAGUCUCCCCCUUGGGGCUUCCAUCAUAAGAUUGAAUUAGCCAACCCUAUGGAUAUGCGCACUGUCGCUCGCCAAGAUUAUUACGGGUCGUCUCCAGACCUUCCGCUGUGGACUGUCUGUUCGGUGCAUUAUGGAAACGAGCAACUCAGGUUUAACAUUUUCGUGAACAAUUUUGAGAAAAUGAAAGAAUUUUAUAGCAUAUUGACAGGGUGUGAAACCAGUGCAAGUAAACCAGGAUUCUGCUCUUUUGACCUCUACUCUCAACCGGGCCUUGAAAUUAAACUAUCCUUGAAGUAUUCGCCAUGUCUGCAACCCCACGCAUCAAGGCUCAGCGCGCUUAAAUUCAACAUCCGCAGUGUGCUAUAUGUCAAACAGAAACUUCGACUCGUGCUGACUCCAAACGGGGAAAACACAUGGCUGACUCGUGAUCCUGACGGUAACGUGAUUCUUCUGUCACGUGACGAGAAUGAUGUUUUUGAGGUGGGUGUCGCAGGACAGUCAACAGAAGCGUCCGACAGUGGACGGUGGAGCGAGACAGCCAGUGAAGAUUCGUCCUGGGAAAUGUGCAGUGACACGAGCUGUUCGAGUUUCUCGUGCGAAAGUGGCUGUGAAAGUGUGACGACAAGAAAUGAAGAUGAAGAUAAAGAUUCUUUUUAGGUUUAGGUGCCAAGAGUAAAACAGAAGACACUUAGACUUAGUGCAUAAGAAACCUAAAAAAAAAACAAAGACAAUGAAAAUGAUCGAACAUAUGAUUAAAACAGCUUGCUGCAUUGACAUAAAAACUCUUAAGAACUGACCAGCGCAGCUGUCAUCGAACGAGCAGCAUGGAAGCCAUUUUGCAAAAUUCAAGGAGAACACAUUAAAAGGUUCGGUGGUAAAUCUGUAGCGGAACCUGUGCCCAAAUUUUUUUAAGUUUCCUUUUAAUUCAGACACUAACAUUCAUUUCCAUAAUACUAAAAUCAAUCAAUGGGUGAAGAUCGUAAGAAGAUUGAAGAGAGUUAUGGAUGGAUCAAAUAAAUUUUAUUGUGACGCAAUAAAAAUCCUUCAAAAUCCCUCCCGUCCCCCUUUUAGGCUACAAAUGAUGACCGAUCUCUACCCUGGAGGAGAUGAAAGUUUCGUUUCAUAGAAUUGUGAUUACUAACGAUGUUAUUAAACGAACAACGCAGAACAACAAAGAAUAGCAGAAGAGUCAGUUGGUAACUAGAUAUGAAUUAAAAUUAAGUGAGGUUUGAGCAAACUGCCUCAAAUGCGAGAAACAUGUCUGACAAAGCUGCGAUUGGUCUUCGGUUCAGUUCCAUCUGAUUGGUUGUUAAGGCGCUGUAACGUGCUGAU